AUGCCCUCGCAGCGGCAGCACUCGGUAGCCUCCGAGCUGCUCGUGAGCGACCGCGUCCUCGUUGUUCCAGCGCCGCCCCUGUUCAUUGCCACCGUCGGCGAUGUGGUGUGGAUCACCUUUUCAGACGGAGAAGUCGAGGUGCGCAACACGCGUACCGGUGAAGUGGUGCGCCGCUUUGAGCCGGCCGUGUCCGCAGUGCCCACAUCGGGCCCCACGGACUCGGCUACCGUCGGCGUCGGCGGUGCAACCGGCAUGUCCGCGCCACUGAAGUGGGACAGCAACAAGGGUACCGCGAGCGCGCUCACCGUCCACAGCGUCGCCGUUGUUCGCACACUUCUCGCGGUGCCGACGGCAGACGGCGAAACGCACGUGUGGAUGGGCCUGUCCAACGGCUGCAUUGAGGUACAUGAGGGCGACACGUUUCCUAGCAGCAGUGGCGAGGCCUCCGUCAACGCGUCGAAUCGCCCUUCCACAGGCAGCCUAAUCGCUCUGCUUCGCAAGCAUACAGCAGCCGUGACGAGCCUGGCGGAGUUCGGCGGCUACGUCUACUCGGGCAGCGAAGACCACCAGAUUCUGCAGUGGCGGGCGUGCCAAUACAUGUACGCCCGUUUCUUCAGAAGCCACUGCCCGCAUGAUGGACCGGUGCGCUGCUUGUACGCCGAGGGCAACGCACUUGUCUCCGGAUCUGACGACUGCACGGUGAAGGUGUGGGACAUCGGCGAUGGCAACAUGCGACUGACAGGGUACUUCCACUCGCAAAGCGGUGGGGUGCUGGCGCUGUGCCGUGUUGGGGAGCUCAUGUGGUCUGGAGACGCCUCUGGGCAGGUGGUGCGGUGGCACCUUCGCACCUGCGAGGCAGUCGGCAUCCACGCCCCGCACAGUGGCCGCGUGCUGUCGCUCUGCCGCGUUGGACAUCGGGUCUACUCCGGCUCCUCGGAUGGCACCAUGGGCAUUUUCGAUGCUGCGAGUGGGCAGCUGCUACAGCGCAUCACGGAUCAGGCACUCGGCUGGGUGACCGCAGUCGAGUGCCCUGCCAAACUGUCCCGCUUCGUGGUGUGGUCUUGCAGCGCUGACGGGGCGGUGCGGUGCUGGUACCAGGACGAGUACGCGAGCAUGUCAGCAGACGAAGCGCGCUUCGACGAUGGCUCGUGGUACGACUCAGGCUCCACCCCAUACCGUGAGUUCCGCGCCGCUGCCGGGCAGCGCACGCAGCGGCUGAAGCAGCAACUCGAAGUCAUCGAGCAUCGCGACAGCCAAGCCAUGGCGCUGCUGCGCCACUGCAGCACGGUUUUCGGUGGCAGUGUCUCGGAGCGCGGGAUGCAGCAGCAGCGGCUGCAGGACCAGUUCGCCCAGCUAGAAGAACAGUGCCGCGUCGCGGAGGAGCAUCUGGCAACAAAACGCAGCAAGAUAGCUCAGAUGGAUCGCGAUAUUGCCGCGGCGCUGGCGCUGCUUCAAAACACGCGAUGUGAACUGAAUCUACUCAUUCCUGGCGAAGCGGAGCGAGUUCUGUCCAGCAUGCCGGCGGUGACCACAGAGGAUCUCGUCGCCUACACGCCAACGCCAGCGUUGGCGUUGCUCGGCACGAGCGCUGCCGCACCGCCUAUCAACACAACCACCACUGUUGCACUUGCACCGGUUGCUCCGCCACCUCCCUCGUCAUUGAGUCGCCCCCUGCCACCCCCCAUGGUGACAGUACCGGGAUCUGCAGCGGCAGCAUCCGCAUUACCGCUGCCGCCGGCAGCCACCACAUCAACCUUAGGUGUGGGCGGACCGCUGACAAGCGUACCACUACCUCUCCCACCGCCCGUGACCGUGGUACCGCGGCCGGGAAGCGACGGAAUCGCUGUACCAGCCCCGGGAAGUAGCAUUUCGCUACAGCAGCAUCUCUCAGUGCCUACAGCCGGUGCGUCUGUGCCAGCAUUGACUGCAGGUAUAGCUCCAGCCGUCAGCGCUGCGGGUGCGGGUGUGGGUGCUGCAGGUGUGGGUGUGGGUGUGGGUGCUGCGGGUGCGGGUGUGGGUAUCGGUGCUGCGGGUGCGGGUGUGGGUGUGGGUGUGGGUGCUGCGGGUGCGGGUGCGGGUGUGGGUGCUGCGGGUGCGGGUGCGGGUGUGGGUGUGGGUGCUGCAGGUGCGGGUGUGGGUGUGGGUGCUGCAGGUGCGGGUGUGGGUGUGGGUGCUGCGGGUGCGGGUGUGGGUGUGGGUGCUGCAGGUGCGGGUGUGGGUGCUGCAGGUGCGGGUGUGGGCGGUGCUGCCGGCUCUAUUGGGACAGGCAGGGUACCUGCAGGAGUUGGCGCGGAUGCCGCCGCAGCCGAAAAGAGCGCUGGCGCGGCCCCAUAUCCAGACGACGGCUUUAGAUGGACGAACCCGCACGUCGGCAAUUACAUCCAGCGCCGCUACUACGGUGCCUCGCCGAGUCUGCGCACGACAGAUUUAAUGAAGUCGGAGCGGCGCCGUGGGCGUCUGCCGCGGGUGAAGGUUGAGGCGCUGCAGCGAAACCGCUCUCGCUCCCGGUCACCGCCAACCGCGCUCGAGGCGAAAUCCCGCUCCACCAGUGUCAAGGCGAAGCGAGCGACAACAACCACGGAAACGGCAACAACUGUGGUAAAGACGAGCUCAACAAAGGCGGCUGUUUGA